UAGCCAUGUGAAGUAGGAGCUCGCCGUCUCCUUGCGUGUCCUCCCUCCACACUGCUUAUCCCCCGAAAAAAACAUGUCUAGAACUUGAAUCAUAUCAUAACCGGUGAUAUCCGCAGCCAACCAUCGACGCGUUGAAGUCAAACAUUUCUCCAACACAAAGUUACCUGGUACUAGAUGGACAGCGGACCUGUGGGAUCAAAACGAAGACACCGACGAGGACGACGGUCGCAACAGGCACCGGCGCAAUCAUGAAAGGGAAACAGUUCGAUGGUCGUAGGACAUCUUCAUUAUUGAAAUUCUGGUCUCUUCGGACUUCGUACAUUCAUUCGUCAAGAAUGAUGAUCAGCUAAUCCAGCGCUGUACUCCAGGUUGGCAUCACUCUUUCCAACCAUGAAACAAACAUCAAAACUCCAUAUCGCCACCAAUGCCACACACAUGGUACGUGCGGUUUUCCUGAUCAAUCAUGACCACAUCGUUUCAAGUAUCGACGAUACGCCUUGUCGGGGUCACCCAGUUCGGGAUGAUCUCCGGAAAACAACAUAUCCGUAAGGGCAGUCUCCAAGUUUUCAGCACCCAAACUGUCCUCGCUUGCGUCCUCUUUUGUCAAACAAACUUCAACGACGUUGGCCACAAGCAAAGCACCUCCCGCAUCCAUGCGCUGUUCCUCUUCCUGGACGUAGUCAAGGCCGUCGAAGAUGAGUCCCCUAGAUGCGGCUUUGAAUGCCAACAUCGCAGCCGUUUCCACCACCAUCCGGUCCUCAUUGUACACCGUUGUGGGAUCCACGUCCUCUUCCUCUCCCUCUUCCUGACAGGCAGUAAGCUCCUGCGAUCGGACCAAGUCGAGUUUAGCAGGUCGCAAGACUUCACGGCGGAUGGUAAGUUUCUUCAGGCUCAAGAACCCUGGGUAGUCGAGGAUCGUCUUCCAAAUGGGAGUGUAGAUAGUCUGGCUGUUUUCCAUGCACAAAUCUACAACAGUCCCUUGCUUGAUGAAUGACAAAUGGUUUAUGAACUUCGUCGUCCUUCUGCGGAGACCUUGUAAGCCAUUGGGUAAGAAGAGGUGGGAUGGGUGUGCUGCGAUGAACGUGGUCUCGCCAUAAAGAAUCUUGGUUGCUUCCCGAUAGACCUGGCUGUUCAAUAGCAGAAUGGAGGUUCGGACACGGGGUUUGGUCGCAUUCGUUGCAGGCUGCGCAUUCGGAUCUGGGAAGGUGAUUGACUUGCUCGGCGGGACGAGGAGAUGGCGGUAAAUGAGAUCUCGACACUCGCGGCUUGCGCGGAAGAAGUCAAUCAUGCCUAACUGUACGGGCACAUAGCUUGACUCGAAGUAGGUCUGCUGGAUCUUCUUUGUCAUCUCCUCGACUUCGGCGAUAAAGGAUUCCGCUGGAUCAGGCAUGUGAGGUUGGCUCUUCUUUCUCGACUUGGUGCAUCUCUCUCGGUAUUCUGCAUCGUCGUCGUCUUCUGCGUCUGGCUCUGCGGUUGUGUUAAACUUCCAUCAAACAAUGUGGGUUGCUGGGCGUUAUACUUCUUCUGGCUUGUCCGCGUUUCUUGCGUUGCUUGCUCAUAGCGCUGCGG